CAUAUCCGGACGAAAGUAGUCUUUGCGACUGCGCUUACUUUUCUCUCGAAUUUAAUAAAUAUCUACCUGUUUCAACUUUGUAGUGCAUCUAAAUAAAUUGUCUCAUCAGGAAUAAUUUCUUGUUUGAGCUUUUAUUAUAGAUAGGUGCUCUAAAUUAUCCUUCCACAUAAGAUUCGGAUAUAAAGUUUUAUCUUUCUGUAUUUAUCUUUAUCCCAUGUAAUUACGAUGUUUAAUGGUCCUAAUAAUAAGUGAAAUUAACAUAAUGAUGGUUCAGUUGUGUGCGGUCAUCGGCUGGAGUCGUACAAGUGUUUGAAAUUUGAAAUAUUUGUGUGAGUCACACACAGCUGUGGGUUUCGAUACCGUGAAGUGAAAUCUAGUUACAAUGAAUAUUAGGACGCUUGGUGUGUUGAUGUGGAAGCAUGGGGUGGUCCGUAAGAGACGGUUCAUCCAGACGGCUAUGGAGUUCCUGGCCCCAAUAUUUUUCUUCGUCAUCCUCUUCAUAUUUAGAGACAAAAUUCAUUCAAAACCAACUCAUGCUGUUGGUGAAUUUAUAGACAUCGAGCGGCCUGAAGCGAUUCCACUGAACAGAACAAUGGUACCACCGACCGUUUUGUACACUCCCGACACAAAUCUCACGGCGAUUCUGAUGGAAAUUGUUGGGGAAAAACUGAACCUGAAACGUUUGCAGUCCUUCUCAAGUGGUACUGGUAGAGGAUACAUGCCAUUCACCAACGAUUCGGAUAUCUUCGACUUCACCAAAAACAUGCGGCCCGAUGAAGCGAUUGUGAUAUUUCAGAACGUCUCGGAAGGUACCUGGCCGAAAAAGCUCAACUACACGAUCCGAAUGAAGACACCCUUCAAGACGCACAUGACCACAGCUAUGGACGGCGGAUUGAUGCCACACCAACGGUUUGGAGCGAUGUACGAGCCUUUCAUGCGACUCCAAUGGGCCAUAGACACCAGCUACAUUCAGAUACUGACCGGCAAACCAGUGGAACAGAAUGUGGUCUUGCAAGAGUUCCCAUACGUGAAGUUCUCAAAAAGCGACUCCGCCGAACUGGUGACUGCAAUCCUGUUUCCCGUGUGCUGGCUGUCCUUGUUCGUCAACUUCGUGUUCCUCAUGACGCGGCUGCUGCAGGAGCGAGCCAGCGGGAUACAGGAGCUAAUGAAAAUGAUGGGCGUCUCCACCAAUGUCCUCGGCAUGACUCACGUAUUCAACGUCAUGGGCCCGUGCCUAGUUUACUCGGUGGGCGGAACCAUACUGCUAAAGACGGGCGACUACACGCUUCUAGAAAAAUCCAACGGGUUCCUGAUAUUCUUCGCGCUGUAUUCACACUUCUUCGCCACUAUCGCGAUGGCGUUCGCUUGCAGCUACAUCGCUAAGAGCACACAAUACAUCAUAACCCUGGGUACCCUCGCCUACGUAGUGCUGUGGGCGCCUGCUAACCUGCUCUACCAGAACAACAUUCCGAAAUCCCUAGUACUGGCCACCGGCUUUCUGCCCUACGCGCCUAUGGGCUGGAUUUGGGCGGAGAUUGGCGCCCUGGAGAAAAUUGGUCAAGGCCUAACAUUUACAACGAUGAUGUCGUCACACACCAACAAAUCUGGCUCAGCCAUCGCAGCGAUGACGUUGCUGGGACUGCAAGCGGUGUUCUUCUUCGCGCUCGCGUGGUACUUCGACCACGUGCGGCCCGGCCGCUACGGGCACGCGCUGCCGUGGGACUUCCUGCUGCAGAGGUCGUACUGGGUGAAGAACAACGUGAAGCCGGACUCGGCGUCGCGGCAGCUACAACGGCCGGCGUCGCACGACGAGCGCUACUUCGAGCCGCCUGGCGCUAGGGAGGUGGGCAUCAGCGUGCAUAACGUUACCAAGAUGUUCCCAAAACAACGCGCGCUAAACGACGUGUCUCUGGACGUAUACAAAGGCGAAAUCACCAUCCUGCUGGGACACAACGGGGCUGGAAAAACCACGCUCAUGUCCAUAAUCACUGGUAUGAUCGGCCCAACGUCAGGCAAGGUCCUGGUGAACGGUCUAGACAUGGCAUCAGAGAAGGAGGCAGCACGGCAGCACAUCGGGCUGUGCCCGCAGCAUAACCUGUUCUUCCCAGACCUCACUGUACUGGAGCACGUCAUGUUCUUCACGCUGCUCAAAGGCUCAUCCUUCUUCGAAGCGCGAAUCUCUUCUCUGGCUCUACUGGACAAACUGGGCAUCAAAGCCAAAGCAGACAAUAUGAGCGACGAACUAUCCGGCGGCAUGAAGCGGCGACUUCAGCUGGCGUGUGCACUUGCUGGGAACGCGCGAGUGCUUAUACUGGACGAGCCCACGUCUGGACUGGACGUGGAGACACGCCGGGAGCUGUGGGACUUGCUACUGUCGCUGCGAGGCUCUCGCACCGUCCUGCUGUCGACUCACUUCAUGGAGGAAGCUGACGCUUUAGGCGACCGCGUGGCGGCGCUGCACGCCGGCCAGCUGCGAUGCCACGCCACGCCCAUGUACCUCAAGAGAGCCUUAGGCACCGGCUACCGCCUCACCUUCACCACGAUCGGCCAGCCCAAAGAAGACCCUAUGACCAACGUAAUACAGUCCAUAGUUCCGGAUGCCGCCGUCAAGGAAACCACCAUCAACUCGAUAUCGUACAACCUUCCCGCGGCAAGCAGCAAGCAUUUCCCGAGCCUGUUCACUAAACUGGAGUCGCAACGAUCGGAACUGGGAAUUGACUCAAUUGGAGUUGGGAUAACCACGCUUGAGGAGGUGUUCUUAAGAUUAUGCAGUGACGUCGACACUUCGCGCUCGCAAGAUGAACUUGACGGCAAUCUUGGAGGCAUGCCUUCAGAGCCAACGUUCAACAUUCUCUCCGGACCGCGCCUGUACAUUCGUCAAAUACUGAUGCUGAUGAAACGUCAAUUCCUCUUCCUAUGGUACAAGAGGAUGUAUUUCUUCAGUUUGCAAGUACUAAUCCCAGUGCUUCUAAUGUGCACAUUCACGCUGAAUUCCAACAACGCGGCCACGGGCGACGUUGACAACCCUGCUUUGGCCAUGAACCUGGAUGUAUACAAGGAUAUGCCUGGAUACAGGGUGCUCUACGACCUGCCCAAGGGCGAAGCCUCCUUGAAGCCGAUGGACGACUACCCUAACGUGAAGUUUGAGGAGACUGGUGAUGUCAAUGAAGCGGUUCUAAGCGCUGGCAGGCGUAGCGUGUUGGAAUACAACCAAUAUCUGGCUGGAGUGGAACUCAACGACACUGAAGCGAAGGUGAUGUACACAACAUUAGUUCGCCACGCAGCGCCCUCAGCUCUGAACCUUUUGACGAACCUACUAGCAGCGCGAGUUUUACCCUGGGCUGGCGGCAAAACGCUCACCACCAUCAACCACCCCUUACCAGGCGCGCAAGUGCCGUAUAUGACGGAUACCAUCGUGCAGCCUAAGGCCAUGGUGAACUCUGUCACUUGGGGCGUGAUCUUGGUGUUUGUGUUCCUCUCUGCCAUAUCUGGAGCCGCCUCACUCCCAUGCCGUGAGCGCGUGACAGGCGCUCGCCACAUCCACAUUAUGGCAGGCUGUCCUGCAGAACUACACUGGGCGGCUACCCUGCUAUUUCAUACUCUGAUACAUGCGACCACACUGAUAGUACCUGCUAUGAUAAUCUGUGCUGCGCUGGACGACGACAAGACAUUUACGGACCCGAAAUUUAUAAUGUGUCUGGGCCUGUCGCUGGUGCUGGGCCUGAUGGCGUUCCUGGCGCUGACGUACCUCGUCAGCUUCUACUUCCAGGAGAACGGCACCGGCGGCGUGCUUUUCUGCUCCAUCAUACUAUUUGUACUCGUAAUGCCGAUGUUAAAAGCCGUAGGCAGCAUGAAAAUGGAGAGAUCAUUCUCCGACCGUCUGCUAUCUGUGUCCAGUGCAGUGGCGCCCCCACACACGCUAGUUUCUGCCGUCCUGGAUAGCAUAUUCACGGCGCGACACAACACUCUCUGCAACCUGAACCGGGACAAGUGUCCCGUGUUGCCAGUAGCAGAGUCAGACUUCGAUAUCGACGCUUGCUGCACAUCAGAUCCUAAUACUAACGCGUUCUGCUACUUCUGCCUGGACGAAGGCGCGCCCGGAAAAUGGCUGUUUUACAUGUUUGGUCAAAUUGUCAUCUUGAUGACUCUGGUGUUCUUGACGCAACGCGGGCUAUUCAAGCGUAUGUGGGACGCAGCGCUGAACGCGCAGUAUGCACCGCCCGCGCCGCGCUUUAACGACGAGGUCGUGAGGGCCGAGCGAGCUUACGUCGAGAAGGCUAUCGAGCUACCGGACAGACAGAUCGCGGACGCGCUGCUAGCGUCUGACAUCCACAAGCGCUACCGCGGCCUCUGCAGCAGCUGCAACGCUGUUAAAGGCGUCAGCUUCUCCGUCAAAAAAGGCGAAUGCUUCGGUCUACUGGGCGUAAAUGGCGCGGGCAAAUCAAGCAUGUUCCAAGUCCUGACGGGCGAGCAGUGGCCCACGAGGGGACGUAUCUUCGCCAACGGACAGCGCAUGGACGGCUACUCGGCGCAGUACCUCCGUGGCCUCGGCUACUGCCCGCAAUUCUCGGGCCUAGACGAGUUCCUUACCGGUCGUCAGAACCUGAACCUGUUGUUGGCACUACGCGGCCUGUGCGCCGGCGACGCCGCCGCCGAAGCCCUGGCCUGGAUCAACGUUGUUGGCCUGCAAAAGUACAUCGACCGCAAAGUGAUAGGCUACAGCGGCGGCUGCGUGCGUCGGCUGGCGGCCGCGGCGGCGCUGUGCAACGGAGCCCCACUUACAUUGCUAGAUGAGCCUACUUCUGGCGUGGAUGUAUCGGCCCGUCGGCGUGUCUGGGCCGCUCUACGACGUGGGUUGAAGAACCAGAGAUCCAUCAUUAUUACGUCACACAGCAUGGACGAGAUGGAAGCUCUAUGCACGCGUAUAUGCAUAAUGUCUGCGGGCGAGGCGUGCGCACUUGGCUCGCCGGCUGGUCUGCGCGCGCGCCACGCCGCCGGCCACGCCGUGCUCAUCAAGGUGCGCGCCGACCACGCCGAACAUGAACAACACCCGGCGGGAGACGAGGUGGACUCCUCCAAGACCCUGGUGAACCAGCUGAAAGGAAUGCUGCAGCAGAAAUUCAACUGCACCCUCAAAGAUGAACACAAGACGAUGCUUCACUACCACAUCAAUGAGACGAUGCAGUACAGCAGUCUGUUCCAAGAGCUGGAGCAACUCAAGGCGUCGUUCCCGACCCUGGUGGAAGACUACUCCGUCACCGAGACAACCCUGGAGGAGGUGUUCCUGUCUUUCGCCAAGCCGCCGCCGGAGCCCGAGGGCCCCGCCAGACCAGUCUAAACCACCGUUAAGUAGCAGUGCAGGUAUAUCGACAACCGAUAGAAUUAACACAGGAUUGCACUUAAAAUCGUAAAGCAAAUCCUAUAACUAAAGGAUGAAGCACACUUAUCAACCCGGCAACGGAUCGUAACCGUAUCAACUCGAGGCAGUCAGUAUUAUUUAAAAACGGG